CAACCGGGAUGUUUCUGAGUCGGUUUGACGGGCCAACGAAGCUGCUGGUCCGGUCGCUCCUGUGUGGACCCGCCGGUGCACACAGAGCUCUGGACGUCUUCCAGCGGCAGCAGCGAGUCCACCCGGACAUGUCGCUGUGUCGCUUCAUGGAGACCCUGUGUCACGACGAAGUGACCAGCUCUCCGCCUGACGAAGCCCAGCCGCUAACUGUUAAGCCCCUGGUGUGCCUGUUCCCAGCAUUAUUUCAACACAACCUGCUCUCCUUCAUCCAUCUGGUCCACUCGGUUCUUCCUCGAACAACUGUUCUUCGUCUUCUCAACUGCCUCAGCCAGGACCCUCAUCCAAGCCCCUGGGUCAUGGCUCUGGUUAGACAGCUGGAAAGAAACUUUGGGACCCACAAUAACCCUCUGUACACUCCACUGUGCAGCCAGAGACUCGAGGCGCUGUCAAAGAAUUUAGUUGGUUUUGGUAAGACCGGAGGAUGGGCCAUGUGCUACAGCGGUCCAACAGUGGACUCUGGUUCUCAACAUGCAUCUGGGUCAUCAGAGCUGGGGACACAACGGAAAAGAAAAGGCAGCGUUCUCACUCUGGACUCAGAAUGUGAGGAAACGGGACAGCAGAGUAAACGGAUGAAGAUGGAAGACUGUGGUCGUGAACGGAGCGCAAAAGAAGAGACGGAAAGAUUGGAAAGUGAGGCUCCAGCAGAAACCCUUGGUGAAGAACUGCAGGCAGCACCGGACGGUCCAUGUGAAGCCCUGCCUGAACAUAUCACGGCAUUUGUUCUUCAAAUAAAAGAACUACUGGAAAGUCAGACAGAGUGGGACCAGAUCUCCAUGGAUGUGUUCGAAGUGUUGAACAACUGUGACCCUGGCCAAGUGGAGGUGUUAUGCAGCAUGCUGAGUUUUCCUGACUUACCGGAGCAAACUCUGCCAAACUUGUGCAGCAGUAUUUUGGCUCCUGCUCUUGACUUCAGCUACAGCACGGCAGCGACACUCAUCAAGAGCCUCCUGCUGCAGAAGGUCCUGGCUCUGUCAGAACCGGCCUCCAGAUGUUUAGUCACUGCAGUGACGUCACUGUGUAGCCGCUAUCCCAGACCAACGUGCCACGCUCUGAUCGGACCACUUCUAGAGGAAAAGAACAUGGGGAACUUGCAGGCUGAUCUGCUAAACAGACUAAUAGAAGGCUGCCUGGAUUCUCAUUACAGACUGCAGGUGCUUCAAAUGACUUUCAAGAGAUCUUGGACUGAGGCUGUGCUCUCCGUUAUCCACAGCUUGCUGGACUCAAAGCCUGACUUCAGUGAAGAACUGUUCACACAGUUCACUGAACAGCUCUUCAGCCAGAGUCCUCAAUUCACAAAGUCUGUGAAGUUUGCAAAAAUGAUGCUAACAGUCCUCACCAAAUAUAACUGUCAUAUGACACCUGCACACAAACACUCCCUGGAAGGCUGCUUGAUGGCAAAUGAGACUUUCCUGAAAAAGUCUCUCCAAGCUGCUUGGAGAAGAAUCACACAACCGUGAAUUUUCUUCUGUUUUAGUAAAUGUUAAUAAAACUGUUUGAAUAAGUUCU